AUGGAAAAUGAAAGGUAUUAUCUUGAAGCAAAUAAAUUUGCAAUCCCAUAUAAGGAUGAUGAAGAUUUAUUAGAAAAACUUAAAAAUUCAUCUUCUUUGUAAUUAUUAGAAAAAUAAACUGAGUUUAAUGUAAUUUUAGAUGAUAAUGCAAUUCUACUUUAAUUUAUACAUCAAUAUGGAAAUUAUAUUGAUAUUUGUUAUUUAUAAAAUUAAAUAAUAGAUUGUAUUCUUAGAAUAAAUAACACUUUAUACAAUGAAGGUAUUAUUAUAAGUGAAAUAAAAUCAAACUAAAUUUAUAUUCCAUUAAAAUCAUGUUAUAAUGCUUUUCUUAUUUAAGAUAAUUCAUACUUUAUUAAAUGUCAAAACUCUAUCAACUAAUUUUAAUAUUUUAUUUUAAAUGAUUAAAGUGAAAUUUUAGAUGAAUUAAUUAUAGAUUUAAAUCACAAUUGUAGAUAUGAUUCUAAGUUUCAAUAUAAUAAAAUAUUCAUUAAUUCUAUUGAUUGUGAAAUAUUAAUCAUUUUAAUUGUUGAUAUAAUAAUAUAUAGUGAUUAAUCACCUUAAUUUAAUAAGAAUUAUACAAAAUUACAUGAAAUAAACAAUUUUAUUAAUUAAACUAAUUUAAUUGAUCUAAAAAUAUGUGAAUCCAAUAUAAUACUAUUAACUUUUAUUAAUUAAAUGUGUAUUUUUAAUUUUGAGGAUUAAUUAUUAACAUGUGAUCUUCAUUCAUAUUAUUAAUGGCUACCAUAUUUAUAAGGAUCUUGUUUUCCUUUUGUGAUUCGAGGAAUAUUUUAAAUAUAGAUGAAUAUAGACAAUAUUAAACCUAUUUUUGAUAUGAUGAUGUAUAAAGAAUCUUAGAUUUAAAGUAUUUAAACCAUUGAUCAAAUCUGUCUUUUUGUAUACAAAGAUUCAGCAAUUUUGAUGCAGGAUUAUUUUUUUGAAUAAUCUAUUUAAAAUAUAAAACAAAUUUAAUAAUUAAAUACAUUACCUUAUUUAGUCACUGUUCAUAAGAACAAUCAAAUUACUUUUUAUAAAAUAAUAUGCUUUAACAGAUUUAUCCAAUAUCAGCAUCUUCCAAUUUUAGCAUUAUUUCCGAAAAAUUCAUAUAUAUAAAUCAAUAAUUUUUUAAUACUCUUUUACCAUCAAACCUCAUAAUAUUCUAUUAAUUAUCCUUUAGAGAUUCCCACUAUAAACAAUAUUUCUAUCUACCAUAAUAAUAUUAUCAACAAUAACAUUAAAAUUGAUACAAAUAUGUUUUUUAAAUAUAUCCCUUACUAUUUAGAUUUAGAAAUUAAUUAAGAUAGUUUUUAUGUUUAAUAUAAAAAUGAAACAAUAAUUACUCAUUACCUAAAUUUAUAAAUUAAAUAGAUUUUAAAAGUAAUUUCUUUAGAAAUGAACUUUGUAGUUAUAAUUUAUGAAAAUAAAAAUCAUAAAAUAUUUGUUAAUAUAAAAAAUGAUAAUAAUGAAUAGAAUAUUUAUUUAAUUACUAAAACAUAAGAAUUAUCAGUUGAAUAUAGAAUAAUAGCAUCUAAUUAUAUAAUAUUAUUAAUUAGUAGUGAAUCUAUUAUGAAAUAUAUGAUUGUUGAUAAAAAGGAUUUAAAAUUUAUUCAUUAAAUUAAACCUAUAAAUAAAAUAAAAGAAUAUAAAUUUGAUUUAAUCAAAUUAAUCCUUCUUCUAACUGAUAAUACAAUUUAUGCAUAUUAAGGUGAUCAUAUAUAUGAAUAUUAUUAAAUAAAGAAGAAAGAAUUUAGAGAUUUUUGGAAAUAAAAUCAAGAAAUAUAAUAUAAUGAUUUUAGAGUCCCAUAUUUAUAUAUUAAUCAUUAAGAUUGUACAAUUUAAGUGAAAUCAAUAAUACCUUAUCAUAAUGAUAUUUUAAUAAAAAUGGAUGGAUAGAUUAUCCUAUCACAUAUAUUUGUAUCACAUCUCAGAAUUUUACUUAUAGUAAAUAAAGAGAAUUAAUUAUAAUUACUACUCUAUUAUUUUGAUAUAGAUGAAUUGUUCUUACUUUAUUAAAUGCCUAUAUAUGAAUUUUAAAUCUUUUAACCAAUUAACAUUAAAUUUUAUGGCAAACUAUUUGGUAUCAUUACAAUAAAGAAUGAGUAAUAAUAUCUUUUUAUAUAUGAUAUUACUUAAUAAGGAAGAUCUUGUUUAAGGUAUAUUAAUAAAAUAUUACCUAAUUUAAAAAGUUUUGAACUGAUUGAUGAAACUGGAAUAUUAAUCUAAUUUUUGAUAGAUAAAAUUAUCAUAUAUUAUCCAACUCUUAGCAUCAACAUCAAAUGUAUAACUACUUCUGAUUAUGCUCUAAUAAAAUCUUAAAUUAAAUUUAAAGUUUAAUCCUUUAUUUAAUCGAUUCCAUCUAGCCUUAUUGUUAUAUUUAAUGGAUUUAAUGAUGAUAACAAUCUCAGAUAUAAGCUUGAUAUUCAAUAACAAUAAUUGUUGCUUAAUACUUAGAAUGAAAUAUAAAAUUUAGAUAUGAUUUUUGGUAGUAUCAACAAUUUACGUAUUAGCAAUCUUUGUUAAGGAUUUUUAAAAGAACCAAUUUAAGUAGUAUCUAAUGUUUAAUUACAUAAAUGUUAGGAUAUUAAUUCAUAAUUUUGUUUAAUAUCUUAAUCUAUAUUAAUUUAUGAUUACUUUGGUUAAAAUAGAACAAUCAAAUUACCUGAUAACACAACAUUCCUUAAUAAUAUUUUUAUAUCUAAUAAUACCUUACUUGUCAUUUAUAAUUCAGAUGAGAAGGUUUUCAUUUUUCUUGAUUUAAUAUAAAACUCAUAAAUAGAAAAUGAUUUAUUUAAUGUUCUAUCUGAGGUGUUGGAUUAAAAUCAAUUAGGUUAAAAACUUAUAUCAAUAAAUUUGAUAAAUGAUUUUCUUAUAGUAUCAACUUAGCGAUCUAUUUUAAUAUAUAAUCCAUAUGAAAGUAUUAUAGAAUGUAAAACACAAAUUUAAAAUAUCAUACAAAUUUAAUUUAUACACGAACAUGAUAAUUAUUACAUUUUUCUAAUAUUAGAUGCAAAUUCUUAGUUUAGUAUUUCAUCAUGUAUGAAAAGUUUUAAUGCAAUUUAUAUAAACAAUGAAUUCAAACCAAAUUUCAAAAUAGUAUCCUUUUAUAUAUUGAAUUUCAAAUUUUUAAAUUAGGAAAUUUAAGUUACUGUUAUUAUGUUUUGUCCUAAAGAUUUGGCGUACAUUUUUGAAUUUACUAUUCAUCCUAAUUCAUUGAGGAUUGUUAAAUAAUCAAAUAAUAAAUAUUUAAGAUAUCCUAAUAUUUAUUAUUAACAAUUCUAGAGGGUUAGUGAUACUAUUUAUAUGCUAAAAGGAAAUUCUCAUAAUUUAAUUUCAUCAUAUUAUUUAUAUAAAAUCAAUUUAAGUUCACCUAUUGAAUUAAUAGAUUACUUUUAUAAAUAUGAAUAAAAUUAAGAGAUCUAAAUUUAUAAUGAAACUCAUUUAAUUUAAAUAUAAAAUGAUGGAGAAUAAACUAAUAUAUAACUUCUUGAAAUUAAUAAUUAUAGAUUAUAUCUAGAAAAUAAUUGUGACUUAGUUUUACAAAAUGAUGUAUCUAUCCUUCAUUCUACUAUUUUGGUAUAAGAUAAUCUUAAAGAUAAAUCACACAUAACUUAAUUCUUAGUGAUUAUGAAUUUUCUACUAAUUCUAAUUAUUAUUAACAAAAAAUAGAAAAUUCAUCAUGACAGAAAUACAAGAAUUUGA